AUGUACCGGAUUCAACCCAUUUUCAUUACAAUACUCGAUACAAUGCUGAUUACUCUAGAAUGCAUUCUACUUGCGUUACAGGCGGUUGCUGCAGUUCGACUUGCAUUAGAAUCACCAAUUGGAACUACCAGUCAAUCAAACAAUAGACUGUCAAAGCGAUCACCCGUUGUGUUGGAUGGUGAUAUCAAGAAAUGCUACACAAUUAAAGUCAAUGCUGAUGGAGUCAAUUUGAAUUUACAAGUCGAUUCAGCGAUUUCCAGUAUAAUUGUACCACUUUCUAGUUUAAGCAGCGAUGUGAGUUUGGCUCCGCAACACACUCCAAAUGGGGAACCCGUUACUAUAGAUUACAAAGGCAAUGAGUAUAGAGGAAUUAGUUCCGAUGCAGUUGUGACGAUUCCGGGUACUAGGAUAACUGACAUCAAAUUACCAGUACUAGCAGUUAGAAAACAAUCGCCAGAUCUAGUUGGUAUCGAUCCAGAGUUUGAUGGAAUAUUUGGGUUCGGCAAUUCCUUGUUGUCAAAUCAUCACUCACGAAUCACUGCGAUGGAUGCUUUGUACAAUGGUGGUAUUAUUCCCAAUAACGAGGUUAGUCUUCAACUAUGUCCGUAUGAAAUGACUUCAAAUAGCUUCAUCAAUAUAGGAAACACGGACGUAACUGCAAAAUGCGGAACGGAUGGAAGGAGUGUUGCAUGGGUAGACUCACCACCAGACGGUCGCCAUACUGUCAACAUCAAGAGUAUACUAAUCAAUGACAAACCAGUGAAUCUACCCGAGGAAUUCCAAAAAAGGGUAAAAGAUGGACGUACUUUGUAUUCGGUUAUACAAACAUGUUUUAGAUAUAUACGUUUUCCUGAAGUAGUCGUGAAAGCGUUGAUUGAUGCUAUUCUUGAUAGUGGUGCGAUUACUGUCAAAAAAGCUAUGUAUAGUAACAAACUCAACUCGGAAGAAAUCAAAAGAAUAUUUUGGGAACACUACGCAAUGCUUGAAUCCAAACUUAAUAUUGAUUGGGGCAAGCUGCCAACGCUUUCAAUUACAAUGUUUGCUCAAAACCCAGUAACUGAUUCCAAUCGCAACUCCGUUGUAACAAUCAAAUUGGGUCCUCGAGACUAUAUACAGAGAUAUGAUUCUGAAAGAUUUGUGUUUAUUGUAGCAGCUGGUUCAAAUGACAAUGUAAUUCUUGGUAUUCCAUUUAUGACCCGACUUGGAUUGACAUUUGAUCGAGCACAUAAACGCAUUGGGUUUGGUCCUGGAUGUGGAUGUGAAGUCAUGGCUGAUGGAUAUCCUACUAUUUCGAACGGUUAUCAAGUACUAUGGCCAUUACCACAUGUUAGAUUGCCUGAACAACCAACUACUUCAGGUUCAGAUGGCACAUUUAUUCGCAAAAGGAGACCAACAACUACAACUGAUCAAAUAGCUGUACCUGAAAACACUCACCACACUGUCAAGAGUCACAAACAGACUCACAAUAAACUCGACUGA